AUGGGUGAUUUCAAUGCUCAAGUGGGCAAUGAUAACUCAAACCGCGAACGAGUAAUGGGCGGCCAUGGUAUUGGAAGAUUGACCGAAAAUGGUGAGUUGUUCACCGAAAUGUGCUUAGGCAAUAAACUUGUAGUAGGUGGCACAAUCUUUCCACACAAAACAGUCCACAAAGUCACGUGGGUAUCACCGGAUCAUCGCACGGAGAACCAGAUUGACCACAUCGCCAUCAGCAGGACAUGGCGCGGCUCUCUACUAGAUGUACGAAACAAACGUGGCGCUGAUUGCUCCAGCGAUCACCAUUUGCUUGUGGGAACCAUUCGAUUAAGAGUUGCGGCGGUAAAGAAAGGACUUGGAACUCACAAAAGAUUUGACGUCCAGAAGCUAAAUGACACCCGUAUUAAAACCGCUUACACAUAUGCCUUGAAGGAUUCAGCUGAAACCAACCAAACUUUCCAAGCUGAAUUUGAACGCUCAUAUGUGAUGCAGCAGCGAAUCAUUUUGGAUACAAGAUUCAUGAAAGGAAACAGUGGAUAUCCGAUGAUACGUGGAAUCUCAUAA